GUCCGUUGCUAUCAACCUGCCGCAACUUCAUGUGUGUUUAGUCACUCAUGCAUUUGUCAUUUUUAGGUAAAUUAUACGUUAGCAGUCUGCGACAAUUAAGUAAUCAAAGCGUUAAAAUUAAGCUACAUUUUUUAAAAUUUCGUGUUAACUAAUGCGGGUUGGUCUCUAGUCGACACAGUCAUUGCCCGUUUUUUACCCCUGUGGUUGCGGUCUGGCCUUAGCCGCGGCUGCGAAUCAGCUUAAUCUUUUCUCAGUAUCGUCCUGCAUUGAAACAUGUUUAUUUUAUAAAUAUGACGGUGAGAGGGACCCUGUAAACUAAAUGACUGUCAGAAAUAUCGCCUCCAUUUGUAAUAUGGGCACCAAUGCCUCUGCUCUGGAGAAAGACAUUGGUCCGGAGCAGUUCCCAAUCAACGAACACUACUUUGGAUUGGUCAACUUCGGCAACACGUGUUACUGUAACUCGGUGCUUCAGGCCCUGUACUUCUGCCGGCCCUUCCGGGAGAACGUGCUGGCCUACAAGGCCCAGCAGAAGAAGAAGGAGAACCUGCUCACGUGUCUGGCAGACCUCUUCCACAGCAUCGCCACUCAGAAGAAAAAGGUGGGAGUCAUCCCGCCCAAGAAGUUCAUCUCACGCCUGCGCAAGGAGAAUGACCUGUUUGACAACUACAUGCAGCAGGACGCCCAUGAGUUCCUCAACUACCUGCUGAACACGGUGGCAGACAUCCUGCAGGAGGAGAAGAAGCAGGAGAAGCAGAACGGCCGCCUCAAGAACAACGGCACGGCGGUCACCACGGAGACGGAGCCCGAGAACAAGCCAACGGAGCCCACCUGGGUGCAUGACAUCUUCCAGGGAACUUUGACCAAUGAGACGCGCUGCCUCAACUGUGAGACGGUGAGCAGCAAAGAUGAGGACUUCCUGGAUCUAUCUGUGGACGUAGAGCAGAAUACUUCAAUAACACACUGUCUUAGGGACUUCAGUAACACAGAGACCUUGUGCAGUGAAUACAAAUACUACUGUGAGGCAUGCUGCAGCAAGCAGGAGGCCCAGAAACGGAUGCGGGUUAAGAAGUUGCCUAUGAUCCUGGCCCUGCACCUGAAGCGGUUUAAGUACAUGGAGCAGCUGCACCGAUACACCAAGCUGUCGUAUCGCGUCGUCUUCCCUCUGGAGCUCCGCCUUUUCAACACCUCUGGAGACGCUACCAACCUCGACCGCAUGUAUGACCUGGUCGCUGUGGUCGUCCACUGUGGCAGUGGACCCAACAGAGGACACUACAUCACCAUAGUGAAGAGUCACGGCUUCUGGCUGCUGUUUGAUGAUGAUAUCGUGGAGAAAAUCGAUGCCCAGGCCAUCGAGGAGUUCUAUGGGCUGACGUCAGACAUCUCAAAGAACUCUGAGUCUGGAUACAUCCUCUUCUACCAGUCCAGGGAGUAAAUGGAUUAAACACCCAGCCAACCAGAGCCCCUUAGAGAGAACGAUGGGAACUUUGACCCUUACCUGAACCCUGUCUGAGAUGUGUGCCAACACCAUUCCCUAUCCCACGGCCUGCCCUGGGUCUGCCUGCACUUAAUUUCCCAUAACCCCCUUCCCUCCCUGCACUCAGCAUACUGGGAGGACUCUGCCAACUGUGUUUUGCCCUUCAGCCACAUGCAACAAAAAAACAAACAGUCACAACAACAAGAAGAAGGGGGGAAAGGAAGAUACAACAGGCUGGUGUGUGAUGCCUGUUUGUCCCAGCAUGGGUCACUCUCCUGAGGUCUGCCUGGCAUACAGAGCUGGCUGGACUGGUACAGAUACAAUCUUCUUUCCAACAGCAGUCUGUAUCCUUUAUAUAUCUGUAUAGUAUGUCUAUUUUCACGUAAUGUCACACGCUCAUAAAUCAUUUUAGUAGGGUUAUCCUGUGACCUUCUAUUUGUCCUGCCCAUAGAAGUCUUCUACCUGGGGUAUAGCUAGAGCUGGGAUGGAAGUUCAAGUGAAAGAUAGACUAGGUGAGAGAGGGUCUAUGCAUAUGGUGUAGCUGAAAUGCAUAUUUCAGUGUUAACAGUUUACGCUGGUGUGGAUUCGAGUUGACUUGAGUUGUGACCAAGCCAAACCUUUUCAUUGCGGUGCUGAGAAAUUGUAGUCCCACAGAAGACCAGCCUUGCAUGUACAAACUACAGCUCUACUAGUCUCUAGAAUACUCUGGUUUAGUUCAUGCCCAGUUCAUUAUCUGUCUAGUCCUUGUUGUGCAAAACAUUAUUUAUUGCUCUUAUUUUAUUCAUGUUGGGGAGUUGUAAUGUUGAGUGUGCUGGUAGGCGGAGGAUAUUGUGUGUCAGACUCCAUCUUGUCUUGUGUAUGUGACGUCUCCCCCUUAGAGUCCCGUAGGUAAUUCACAUACAGAGCUCUCUGGGGUUGAAUUGAACUUUGACAACGUCUUUUUUUUUUUUUUGCUCUAGUUUGAAGUAUGUGGAUAGCUGAGCUCUGUCAAAAGAACCACAUGAGGUAAGACGGAGGGGUCAAAAUCCACAGUUCAAGGCGUCCUUUCACUGUUUUUCACAGUGAGAUCGGUGCAAUAGGAGGAGGUGAAAUGAGCUGAUAAGAUGUUGACUUCCCUGUUGAAGUGAAUAUAGAUAUUAAAUGCUGGUGUGUUUUGUUACCAGCUGGUCUCCUCCCAGUUGUGUGUAUCUGUGUGUGAGAUGGAUCAACGGAGGUGGAACUCCUUUGCUGGGUGCGAUAUGGGGCUGCAGUUCACACACUGCAAACGUUGGUUUGAUGUUACUUAGAACCUUUUAGUUCUUCUGCAGUGACGCCAUAGUCUGAAUAUUGAUAUUGGUCAGUCCUUUGUUGAAGUCAUUACAUGUGUUCUAUCACCAUUUUAUUCUGCCUCGUCCCUUCCAUUGUUAGGCACUUGACUUGGAACCAAUGGUCUUUACUCAGAAGCUGUGCCUGGCAGAUACUUAUAUUAAGUUGUGUUUAGUGGUCUAUAUAGACUGAUGAUUUACCAUCCUAUAAGGUUAGGGCCACGUACUGUAGAGUAGAACUAUAUCAAAGGCCAUAUAGAGAUAUUUGAAGACUCAGUGCUGCUCAGACUGUCCUAUGGCACUCUAAUUCACUGUAAUACUGAAAGAAUAUUGACCCAAAUGCAUCUCGCUUUAAAGAGAUGCUCCGGAACUUUGGCGACUACUAAGUAUUCUUUAAACCUCCCGCUUUGGGCUGGAUGUGUCAGUGUAGUUUAUACAUGCAUAAUUACUAUUUUACCUAAAUUAGCCACAAAAUCCCUAGUUUGAAAGCGAUUAUUUCUGGAAUUUGUGCUGUGCCAUUUUCCUACAGCCCCCUAGCAAUUCGAGUUCUAGCCAAUGAGCUUCAGACCUUCACCAUUUGUGUCAAAUCUGCACAUAUGUGAUGUAGUACACCAUUUUCAGGGAACAUAUUUGUCUCGUGAGAGCUACUUUCAGAACUACUGGAUAAAAAGUAUACAAAUGUACUGGAGAAUCUCUUUAAAUUAGAAGUAGAGAUGAUUUGGGUUAUGUGUGAGGUUGAGUGUGCCUCCUUUUAUAUGUGAGUUAGCAUGUAAUGUGUGAGAGUGUGUUGAAGCAUCUAGAUGGUUAACUGACUAUUUCCUUCUGUGUAGUAUAACUGGGUAAAGUCAAUGAUGAAUAUGUGCCAAUCUGGAGUCACCUUGCAAAACUGGACAGGAACUCUUACAGAACACUAUUUUCUCUGCUAAGAUACUAGUGUACAUACAUUAUGUAGGAAAUAUAUUUUUUAAAACCUAGAAGCUAAAACACUAAGAGAAAGAGGAGUUAACUAGAAAAUAAAAACAAACCCUGUAAAGAAAUAUGGAGCUGCUUUACAAUCAGUCAAUCACAUAAUCAAUUCAUCACACAAUAGUUACACAAUCGAGGAAUGUCACAACCAGUCACAUUGGGGUUCAAGAGAAUUAGCCAGAGCUGUUUGAGGCAUUUUAAGCGUUAUGAUGGGAAGAGAUACUGUGUGUGCUAAUCUUCCAAUUACUGUUCUGCACACACCCUCGCUCAGAUGCUGUCUUAUUGUACUCCUAACGUGGUCUCAACAGUCUAGAAAUGUGAAGUGUUCUACCUAUGGGACUCUGGUGCUGUGCCUAGAGAUGAAUACGUACUGUACUAGCAUGUCUCUGUUGGAAAGAGGAGAAGUUGAAGGGAGAUCCAGUUAGCUACUCUCAAUUCCAAUUAGUUGUUUGUAAACUGAAAGUGCACUUUACUAGUGAUGAGCUUAAAUGCUUUAAUGAGAGCCACAGUCUGAGUACUUUUUGGAGUUCCUUGCCCUCUGUUCAAUAAAAGGACUGUAACUACUAAGGCACUGGGAUUUGUGAAGAAUUAGUUUGUCAUGUUCUUUGGAUUUUGAAAGAUUUCUUAACCCCCUCACCAUCGACUCGUUCUUCUCUUAUCCUCUUCACCCCCAGGCCAGUCCUUCACAUCCCCACAGUCGUGUCACAGUUGUUUUCCUUUACCCGUUAGUUACACACACAGUUCAUUCCUGUGUUGUCAACCUGGUCACUUCCUCUGUCACAUCAUGUUUACCAGGCAGUGCGCGCGUGUUGCUGUGGUGACAGCCAGCCACAGGAACGCAGCAUCACAGAACACAAUGUACAACAGCCUGAGGGGAGACUACAAUAGAGAAAGAGAAUGUUCCAGAACUAUUAGACAUCUUGCUUUCUCCUUCCUUCAUCUACUCUAUAUUACAGCCAUCUGUGACGAAGGUGAGGAAAUGAGGAAAGAAUGCCUUGUAUGUUUUAUUGGAAUGUGUUUAGUGAAGCUCUGACCCUUGAGAGCCCAUCUUGUAGAAGCCAAAACAUCAUCAGUUUUGGCAGAUUGCCUUUUUUUUCAUUUUCAUUUUGGUAGACCGCUCUUAUCCAGCACAACUAGAUUUAAGUGCCUUGUUCAAGGGCACAUUGACAUAUUUUAGUUUCUUUGUUGCAGAUCUGGGAUUUGAACCAGCAACCUUUUGGUUACUGGCCCAACACGCUUAACCACUAAGCUACCUACCGCUCUGCAGGCUAACAGUCCCAUAGGUCUGCAUUUUGGGGUGGCAUCUGCCUCAGAAAAAUAUAUUUAAUGUCUGCCAUUGUGAUGAUUUUAAGGGCUACUGUAUGUUGUGUGUGUACACGCCUGGCUGUGUGUAUGUAUGUAUGUAUGUUUCUGCAUAGCUGUGCGUGUGCGGAAAAUCAUAGUUGUUGUAUUUGUCUGUGGGUAUCAGAGUUAGUCAACUCUGUGACUCUGUCCUUCCCCAGCUCUGAGGACAUUUAAUUCCCCUCUCAAUCAUCCCCAGCUCUGAGGACAUUUAGUUCCCCUCUCAAUCAUCCCCAGCUCUAAUUACCUCCUGCAGUCAGAAAUAAAGAAUGUUUCUCUCUUCACUCUUCCUCACCCUCUCUGUUCUCCCUUUACCCCUGUCUCCUCCCCCUCUCCCCCCAGUCUCUUUCUAUCCCCUUGUCCCUUUCUACCUCCCUCCCUGCAGAUCAAGUGAAUGUACUCUGACAGCUGACUGUGCAUCAAACAUUGUAGUGUAGAGGACUAGUACACAAACCAAGCCUCCUCUAGCUCGACACACACACACACACACGCACAACAAUGUGGGUACAUUAUGCGUGUAUAGUUAUGUGGAAUGAUUGUGUGAGAGUCUGUCUGUCCAGCCUCACGUCUGUCUGUCUCUGUAAACAUGAUUGUCAAUAGGCCACGGUAGUGCAGGUUGUCUGGCAUAAGUGAAGACAGCCAGAACAGGGGGCCUAACCAAGCCAGAUCUGAUCUGGGAUUAGUCAGUGAGGUCAAAAGUCCUGCCUCAUCAUGAUUACAGCACUGAGUGUCUCUGCAUCUGCCACAUUAUUGUAAUUACACAUCAUUAUAAUAAUUAUCUGCAUAAUUAUGAUGUAGCAGCAGAGUUCUGCUAAUGAUGAAUGCUAGAAGGGCAGAAAAUAUGUCACUGAUUAAAUAAAUCAAUGAAAUAACUUAUUUAAAUAAUUGCAUAAAUCCCUGUCAUAAUUCCAUGAAUCCCUGCUAUCUGGUAGGUGAUGUUUCUGUAAGAAGUACUAUACCCUCCUAGUGUAUAAACAAGUAACUUAUU